CAUGACCACAUGUUUAAGCAAAAAACAUCACCUCCUUAGAAUUUUGAAGCUUAAAGGCUUUUCCUCCAUGGGUGUCUGCCCCUGUUCCUCAUUUUUUCUUAGUUCAUACAUAAAACAAGGCCGUGUGUUCCUGGGCGAAAUGCAACCGGGGUUUCAUUUCUUUCCGUGAAUCAACGCUUGCAAGUUUGGGGAAUUGAACUGAGCUGUGACAAUUUUUGUUCCUGCAGACGUUGUCAAUAGUGCCUUAAUCUUGUUUCAUGGAUUGCACAAGCUGCGCGAACUGAUAGAGUGACGGAGCUGGCAUCACCUCCAGGCUUUAGUUCAUCCCUUGGUCAAGGGCACAGUGAAGCUAGUCGUGAGACAGAAGCAAACCUUAUUGUUAAGGGGACGAUCUCCCUUUCUAUCAAACCGUUUUCCGACCAAAUUUGGUGACUGGGUAUUCCAUGGUCUAAUGGGUACAGUAUCAGGCUUCUGUGCUGAGGGAACAUGGUUCAAAACCAACCUUCGGAUGAACUUGAGUGACUGGAAAUCCUGGGAUGUAGCUUUGGCUCCAUGGAAGCAGGUGCCUAUGAACCUUUUCAUUAUGUACAUGGCUGGAAAUUCAAUCUCAAUCUUCCCUAUCAUGAUGGUGGGAAUGUUGUUCUUGAGACCUGUCAAAGCGCUCUUAACAAUUCAGUCAACAUUCAAGAUGAUUGAAGGAGGCCAAGCUAUUCUUCAGAAAAUAGUUUAUCUUUUUGGCAACCUGGCAUGUUUGGCCCUAGCUCUUUAUAAAUGUUCAUCAAUGGGCCUACUGCCAACACACGCAUCUGAUUGGUUGGAUUUUGUAGAGCCUCUCCAAAGGAUUGAACAUUCAGGAGGGGGCAUCAUAUUGUCAUGAACCAACGAACUUGGCCAUGAAGCUGAUCGAAGUUGUAAACAAAGUGCACAUGCCGGGACUGAAUGUCUGUUUUGUACUGUUCACUUUUCCUGUGUGCAUGUGCUUCAACAGUAUGCAUCCCACAUCUUAUGCACAUAUAUCAGCACUUUUGCAGCACUUUUUGCAGCUUAUGUAAAGCUUGACAUACACACAAGUGGCUCUUUCACUAUUAGAAUGCUGCAUGGGCCUGGCCUUUUAAAGCCUAAAGGAUAGCAAGUUUUCUGUAUUAAUGGUGGUGUGCUCGUUUUUUUCCAUGCACAUUCUACCAAUGCAGAUGCAGAGGAAAUAGCUCUGCACAGCUUUUUGCUGUUGUAAUUUUAGCUUGAAGCUAUAGUAUAUGGAGCUUUCACUUCUGAUUUGUAGACCUGAGGCUUUGUACAGAUAGAGCACUUCUAGUAAUGGCAUCAUAAUAAUGAGCUUGCCAUGUAAUAUGUAGCUCUGUUUUAGUGCAAUUUGCUUGACAUUGAAUUUAUUGUGCAAACAUCGAGUAAAAACUAUUAAUGCAUGUUAUUAUUGACUUGAUUUACUUUUUUGCUUUGUAUUGCCAAUUAUGCUGAGCAUGUGGUUUUUUUUAGCAAAACGCUUGUUAUUAAAAUGAAAAGACAGUAGGACACUAGCAAUGUGCGUAUCUAUGUUAAUUAAGAUGUACAAAUUGAUGUGCCAGUUUUCCAAAGACACGAAAGAACUUGUACACAGUUAGUCAUGCAGGUGCGAAAGGCUUGACACUCGCACACCUGCAGCUUGUGAAGUAAAUAAAUGAGAACGUUUGAAA